AUGAGCGGCUAUCGAAAAAAAUUUAGCGGUGCAGAAUAUCGUAAAAGAAAAGCAGAAGAAUCUAGGAAAAUAGAUAGUUUACUUAAAAAAAAUCCAAAAAUAUCUAGUUUUAUGACAAGCUUAACCGGAAUUAGAAGAGAUUUCAGAACAAGAUAUCGAAGAAGUACAGUCACACUCUUCUCUAUCACAAGAUACGAACAAGACGCGUUAAAUUUUCCUUUAUCACAAGAUACUGAAGAAAUCCAAUCAACAACUGAUAUUAUAAAAUUUAAUACUGAUCCUUUUUUAUGGAAUUUGAAUGAAGAAACAUGA